CUAAACUGGCAAACCUCAUCAGAAAGAAACUGUCAAAACUGAAAAAACCCCAAAUUUGAUCAAAGUGAGAGAAAAUGGAAGACGACGAUGUGCAGCAACAUCAAGGCCAACAAGGAGGAAAAGCUAUAGUUUUGCUUAUUAGUGGAACAUUGAUUUAUUACCAUUGUUGUUUCCGCAAUUCCAGUUUUCUCUCUCUUCUUUCCGAUGUCUUCCUCGUUAUUCUCUGCUCUCUCGCCAUUCUUGGCCUCCUCUUCCGCCAUUUCAAUAUUUCGGUGCCAGUUGAUCCAUUAGAAUGGCAGAUUUCACAAGACACUGCCAACAGUAUUUUUGCGUGUGUGGCUAAUACUGUUGGGGCUGCUGAGUCUGUUCUUCGAGUUGCGGCGACGGGUCAUGAUAAGAGGCUCUUUGUUCGGGUGGUUGUCAGUCUCUACUUUCUGUCAGUUCUUGGAAGGAUCGUCUCUGGGGUGACAGUUGCUUAUGCUGGUUUGUGUUUAUUUUGCCUCUACAUGUUUGUCGAGAGCUCACUGCCGCUCAGUAGUCGACUAUCUCAGUAUUUAGCAAGAAGAGAGAGUGCAGUAGAAAUACAGGAUUAAUAUGUACGAGUAUACAGCAGGUCUCGUCCCUCUGACAUUCCUGUAUACUACACCAACUAUACCCUUCUGCCAUACCUGUAUAUGAAAAUUAAAUGUACUUUACCAAUUACUGGUGUACUAAUUGUAGCUGUCAUUUGAUUUUAGUUGUAUGUGUUACGGAGUACAAUUUUAGUAAAUAGUACGGAGUAGCAACUGUUAAAUCAAUUGGGUUAAUGAGUUAAAUGCCUUCGUUUAUUUUGGAAUAAAGCGUGAAGUGUUCAUACUCUU